GAUAAUAAUUCCUCGUUACCUAUUCACAUAACUUUGACUGAACACGUAUAGACACAUGGAGAUUGAUGUGAUGGGGCUCUUCUGUCGUCUAAUGCAAGGAUACUAAAAUGAUGAACUGCGAGAAUGUGUUCUACAGGAUGAAAUGAUGAUGGGGGUAUGGACCAUCUGGUCUGAAUUCGUUGUUGAACCUGAACUGAAUCAAGGCUUGGUUUGAAAAGUUGGAAAUGGAAAGGGACCUAAAGAGGAAUGCUGUUUUGUAUGCAAAGAAAGAACUUAUAACAUUAUAAAUGUUUGGGACCAAAUUGCGUACGUGGAUGGAAACGCACAUUGUGCGAUCUCGAAAGAAGCAGCAUCGUAACAAAGAAGACAAAAAGUCUGGAAACUGUAGUAAAAUUAUUGGUGGUUCUCCUCCUUGCCAUAUUCAAUCCAACUCCUUUGAGAGACAAUAUGGUAAAAAAAGUCCAAAACACAAUGAAGACAAAGGAGUUCUGGAGGUACAAUCCACUGACAUCAGUAUACCUACCAAGGCCUCCAUGAGCUUGCAGAAUAAUACAAUUCAUAGCACAAUCAACAAUCUCUCUUCGCCUGAAUCAGCGUACUCAACAGGAUAUUCAACUGACGGGACCUCGCCUGGGGCCUCAAUCCCGCCAGAGUACUACAUCAACAUUCGCACGGGGACUCACUACUUCCACUCAAAUCCCGGAACUACUGGUCCUCCCCUGCAGAACCCUGUGGUGGGCAACACAUUUACACAAGCCGUGGAUAAGAAUAUUGCCUGCAAAGUGGGUUCCUUAAUUCAGCCACCUUCUGCAGUGUCCAUUACGGUCUUGAGCCCAAGGCCGGGUCGGCACAAAAAGGAAGACGGAACAAAGAAAAAGGUUAGACAAAAUGGAGAGCAGCUGCCGGAAUCUUCCACUGAGGAAGACAUUGCUGACAAACAAGUUAAAGUGAAUCUUACUUCUCCUCAGCAAAUGUCAACGCCUAAGGCAAAAAACAAACUGAUACACCCCAUGUAUAGCAGUUCACACCGCAGAACCGAAUCAUACGAUGAAAGUCAGCAGAGUUCCUCACUUCAGAGUCAAGAAAGGGACUCGGGUGACUCAUUGUCAGCAGUUCCUUCUGGCGGGUACCAGUGUUCCUCUCCGUAUCUGCCUGGAGCCUCUCCUCGACAGCGGAAUCGCAUCAGGACCAAUCCCUGGCUCGGGGCAAAUGUCUCUAAUAACGGGUCAGUGCCUGGGAGUAGAUCCUACAACUCACAAGGAGAGACAUCCUCCACUGUCGGUAGCAGCUCCACUCUCUCUUCCAGUGGCUGUAAACAGACGAGCGAUGAUAACUCUCACGGUUGCUUGUCACCCAGAUCCAAGGAGAGAAGGAGGCUGGUCAAGGAACAUCUGAAGGACGUGAAAAACUGUAAUACAUCACAGAACUCUUCAACAGCUUUCAGUCCGGUUUCAAAAGUGAAGAAACGGCUGAAUGCAGUGACCACGUGUUCUCCACAGCCAAAUAGAUCGUGUCAUCACUCUCUCAGAGCACGAUCUCCAGCAUCAUCAUCUUCUCCCUCUUCCUCUCCCAGUUCUGCCUCUGAGGAUGAGCACCAUGGAAACACAAGCGAUUUCUCAGAUGAUGACGUAACACUCAACGAAAUGUUGGGCAAGUUUGAUGAGAGUUACGUUUACGAGAAAGAAACAGAUAUACUGAGUGACAGCGACCCUACGGAUUGCGAGGACCAGGGAGAGUAUGAAGACAGAACGGAUAACAGCAAUUUGCCCGAGAGUGAGCAACAUGAAGAUUUUGACUUCAUAGACAACGGCUCAUUGGUCGAGUUAGCUCGCUCUGAUUCUGAAUGUUCUAACAAGGCUCAGCUAGCCGGUCACUGCACGUACCACCACUUGCCUGGCUAUACUCCAGACAUGACUCGGAAGCUGACUCCAAGGCUUCGUGAGUCCAUGAUGAGGAGGCAGGCAGUCAACAGAAACUCUCGAGACAGACAAUCUCGUAGAAGUAGCCGAAAUAAAACAAGUGAAGGAAGAAAGAAAAUAGAUUCUCCUCUGCUGUCACAUAAAAGAUCCAGCACGUACAGGAAAGCCAGUUCCCAAAGUCUGGAUAACAAAAACUCUUGUGAAGCUCUGCCAGAGGCCAACAGUCCAACCCAUCUACAUAACAGAAGGAGUAAACGAGGUGACUCUGUUCCCAGAGCAGGAGAGGCUCCCGGAAAGUAUAUAAACUUAAAUAGAGUUUUGAUGGAAAGACUGAUAAACAAUCAGAGGAAUGGCACUCGGAGUGCUGAUGGUACACCUGUUUCUCUGAGGAAACGUGGUAGUCCUGCCACUUAUAAUGGAAAAUAUAUGAAGAACCAUUAUGUUUCCAAUUUAAUCAGUUCUGAUGCAAAUUUCAAUAAACGUAGAAGCAGUUUAGAAGACAAACAUGGCCAAGCAGAUCUAAAUGAUGAUAAACCAAGAUCAAAUUCUGUGUCUGUCCAUUGCCAUCAGGGAAUUAAUGUGGUUUCAAGCUCUCCCCCAUCCGUUGCAGUUGGAUUACAUGACUUAGAUAAAGAAGGCGAUUUGAAAUAUCGUCAGUUAAUUCAAGAAGCUGAGCACAUUAUUGAGGACCUACAGGUGAAAACAAGAACUGAUUACCUGUCACCAACAUUUAGAAGUAAAACUGGAAUGGAAAGAGCAAAACCAAGUAGUCCCCUUGUGUUCAGUGUUCCUCCUAGUCCACUUUCUUUGCGAUAUGAUGUUUAUAGAGAUGGAAUGGAUACACCUCCAAGAGUUAUGGAGCAUACCAACAACAACUCAAUAUAUGAACAACCUAUGUAUUCUCUUCAUAAAGAAAAGAAUAAUGACCAAGAAGAGGGGCUUCUCAAAACCAUUUCAAAAACUCUUGAAAGAAUUAUUAUCAGAGGAACAUCUGAUACCAACAGAAAACUAGACAAAAGUGUGUCUGAUCCUUUUGCUAAAGGGAAAAAGAAUUUUGUUUUUCAACCAAAUGGGGCAAUGUUUGCUAACCGAGGAAUACCUGGAAACUGUGUCCAAGAAGGUGGGCAUUAUUCAGGAUAUGCAACCCCAAACUUACUGAGAAGAUCAAGCACUGGAAAUACUCCUUCAAAGCUGAGUACUUUCAAUAGUGCAUCUAAGCUAAAUCAAAAUGAAAUUACCAACCAAAGUGGCUUCCGAAAGUUUUUUCGCAGGCCUGAUAAAUAUAAAACAACAUCAUUCGAUGAGCAUCUGGACAAGCAUAAUUUUCCUGAGAACGGUUUUUGUUUAAAUUCUGGAUUUAGGAAACCCACUGAUGAAAGUUUGAAUAAAAACUGUGACUUGUACCAGCACACUGCUCAAGCCAAACAAGACAUACCUGUGCAUAAUGCUAGAUAUUUAGAAAUGAGAAGUCCACUAAUGGACUAUAGCCCAAAUGGAAACACACCAACAUAUCUGAAUGGGUUUCCAACAAAUUCCGUGGCAACACAGGACUAGUAAGCUGAGAGACUCAAGCACUUGUCUGAUCUUCAACAAUCACCCAAACGUAAAACAGAUUCUCCAGAGCUUCCUUUUGAACAGAAACCAACUUUGGUUAGUUUUAGAUCAUUUGACCUAGGAAAUAAAAAUGCUGUGGGCUCAGGGUACUGCCCUCAGAGUGAACCAGUAAAAAGAAAGAUUUAUACUUGUAGUGCUACUUUUGAAAAACUGCAAAAGACUUUACUGAGGAAGCAGCCUGAAAUUCACCCAUGUAAAGACACAACAAAGGAAACAGAAUCCAUAGAUAACAGCAACAAUCGACACAAAAGCCAUGGCUUGCAACUGAGGAGGGACAGGAUACCUGAGGAGACCAAAGUGAAAGGACAAAUUGACAGAUUAGGUUUAGUGACAGACAGUAAAGGCACUGGCUGAGCAUUGCUAGGAAAUGUGAUUUAUGAAAUAAAGUGAACUUAAAACGUGAUAUUCCUUUUAAGCAUUGUUUAUACUGUUGUUAUUUUUAUAACUAAGAACCUACUAACUUGAUUAAUAAUAACCUGAUUGAAAAAAAACUGUUUUUACCACUUAACAUUGUAUAGACAAGACUUUUUACUUAAUUAAUUUAUGUACAUUGUUUAUUGCUUGUAAUGUUUGCAUAUUUUAUGUUUGACAAAUCUGGAAAACAAUACUUGAUCUCAUUGUAGAUAAACUGUAAGUUAAUUUUUUUACUGUAAAUAUGAUUUUAUUAACUUUUCAAAUGUAUUAUACUGAGUUGUAAAAAGUUAUAUAGUUUAGUAAAGUUAAGAUAUGUCGGUUGUUAUAUUGGUUUGAGUUAGAGAUUUCAAGGUUUUAAACUUCGUAAAUAUAGUAAUUAAAGCAAUUGAUGCAAAUAUUUAUUUUACUAUUACAUCACAACAGUUGUUAAAAGGGUUUCUUUAAAAGGCAUUAUCCUCAACUCAUUCAGUAACAUAAAAAGUGAACAGAUUGAGUAUAAACAGAAAUAUAUUAUUCAGUAAUGAAAAAACAUGACUGCUAAAAGUGCUAAUUAGGGUAAUUUCACACAGCAUAUUUGAAGAAGUUAAUUAUUAGGAGAUCCGAUGUUGUCUCUGUACUGUAGCCUGUACCGCUCUUCCAGGACAUUAUUCCUUGUAAACCAUAACAGGAUUGUUAUUUUGAUAUUAUCAGUUGUAUUUAUUCCACCAUUAACUUGUUUUCAUAUUUAUUAAUAUAUAUUUGCAGUAAACACAGUAAAAGAAAUUCUAGUAACAUAACAGUAACAUUCAUAUUGUUUGCCCCAUGGGCUUCACUGAUAGGUCUCAUAAUAAAAUCUAUGAGCCAUUCAACUUAUUUCUAGUUUCAUUCCCUUCUGAUAAUUUAAAAAUUGUUGAUUUAAAAACUGUUAUGAACUGCCCUUAAAAUGAAUUAACUGAUGUUUAAUUUUCCAAUGUAACUUAAUUUUGAUUAUGAACAAACAAUAUAAUUGCUAAUCUCUAAAAAUAUACUUUUUAUCUCAGUAAGGUAUAAAAUCUAAAUAUAUUUCAUUUAUUUCCUCACUAUCAAAAUGGAAAUGUUACUGAUUGUUUAUAUCUCUGAACAGUGGCAAAUGUCCAGAAAAAUCCUGUUUCCUUCACAAUCCUUCCAUCGUCAAAAAUAAAAUUGAAACAAAGAGUAUGAAACUACCAAGGUUUAUUUUGAAAUGACAAUAAUAUUUUAUGAAAAUACAUUUUUAUAAAAAUUUUCAAAACAUUCUUAACAAAAUCUUGCAUUGCUUAGUUUUUAUCAAAGUAAAAACUGUUAAAUUGUAACAAAAAAUGUUGAACUGUUUUACAAAGAGUUGGGGAGUAGGAAAUUGUUUCAACUGUGUAAAGAUAUGGUUGUGCUUUUGUCUAUCUACACAUGCUUGAAAAAAUAAAUCAUGAUUAUUGAAAUUAAUUUCAAAUUCAUUAUUUGUAUUUUAUAUAAUUACUGAUUUUCAAAUCUAAUUGUUUAUGAUAAUGUGUUUCUGGCAAUUAAAAUUAUAUGUGUAGUGUCUAAUUUAGUACAAUACCUAUUAUAAAAGAAUAUUUUUAGUAAUAUUUACACUUAUAAAAGCUAAAUAAAAUGAGCUAGAUAUAAUAAAUAAAAGACUGAAAAUUUUAAAAGUUGUAUACGUAGGGAACCUUCUAAGAGGUCUUUUAGUUUUUUUUAAAUGUUUUAUAUACUAUUACACUAUAAUAUAGUUGUCUAUAAUUAAGAGUUUAAACUAAUGGUUACUUUUCCUUAAUUUUACAAUGUUUGUCCAUUUGUUUAGUGUAAGAAGAUGAGACCAAUGAACAUUGUGGAGUUCUACGUUUGUGCAUUUCUCAGUUAAAUUACAAAACAUUAAAUGUAACAAGUAACACUGUACUUGAAGACUGUCGAUGUUUCUCAUAACUGUAUGUAUUUAUAUAAGAUACAUAAUAUUCUAUGUAUUAUACACAGUAUCUAUUGUAUUUAUUUUUGAACACUUGUUCUAAUACAAAUAUGAAAAUGUUCUGGCUAUAAUUUUGUUUCUCUCUCUUUCUGAGUAUUUUCUGUAUUGGCUCACCAAUCCAAAAUACGUUCUUAUAGAUUAUUUACUCAUUAAUUUGUAUUUGUCAAUGAUUAUUUUCACAAAGUAUGGAAACCGAAAACAUGAGAAUAAAUAAUUUAUUGAGUUUCA